GGUGUAUUUGUAUUACAGCUGAGCGCUGAACCAUCCACUGAAUAUAUGUAUAAUCCCUUACAAUAUAAUGGGCUGUGUCCCAGCUCUAGGCCAUGGAGAGGGGCUGUGCCCCAAGGUGAGGUGAGGCAAGGUGGUGUAUUGUGACAUAGCAAGAAAGUGUAAUUUGUGAUUCCUUCAGUAUUAGGCGAGCAGAGGGCAGGAGAGUUCAUGCUAACGACAUGGACAGUGCGGGGCAGGUGUCCAAGAAACCCCCUGCUGCUGCCACUGGCGAGCAGAUCCUAAAGGAUUUCCAGGUUCUGAUAGAGAAGGUUGGGGGGAAGCCAGAGGUGCUGCUGGUUGGAGAGUCUCAGGAGGGAAAAGACACUCGGGCUCUGAUGGCGGCUUUUGUCCAGGAAUUGUUCCCGGACGCUUGCAAACCAGGGAUUAGUCCAGCAAUGGCUGUGACCCAGACACAGCCAGGGGCCAAGCCUGGAGCUAGCAACAGUCAAUCCCAACUCAUCUUCUUCCUGUGCCGCGCUUCCUCCCUGCGAGGCAAGCAGGCCGAGAUCCAGAAGAUCUUGAAGGAAGUGAAGAAGUUUAGCCACAGAGCCCCAGCUGCCCUGGUGGGAGUCAUCGUGCAGCCCAAGAAGGAAGAGGAGACAGAGGCCCGGAAGCUGAUGGAGAGCGUGCUCCAGGGUGCCUUCCCUAGACAGCCGCGUAAACGGGACAAGCGGGGUAAGAAGCAGGGCCAGGCGCUGGAGCUGGAGGAGGUGCAGGUGGAGGUGGAAGUCUUCAUUCCAGGUCAGCCACGGGGGAAACUGGCCAUCAUGAAAGCCGCCUGCCGAGCUUCUGAGGCCCUGCAGCAGCGCACAUCUGCAGAUGUGAAGCAGGAUGGCAUCGUGGUGUCUGCUCUCCGGGAGACCACGGGUGUGGUGAGAACCCUGCCUGAGGAGCAGUUUGAGGGGUGGGCUGACUGA